CUUCCUGAACCCUGCGCAUAGCGGGAGUUUUAGUGCACCGGGCUGCCCUUUUAUUAAUUCAAAUGAAAACCUUUUGAAUAUUUGUGAGGAGUUGGAUGCAAAGAAACUCGUCUAAUUUUGUAAUAGAAAUGGAAUUCAAAAACAACCGUCAACUAUGACCCAAAAGAACUAUACUUCGUCCCGAUAGCAUGUGUAGUAUGAUCUCAUUGGAAUAAUUUUCUCUUGACACAAUGCAUAUUAUCUUGUCCAUUCCUUCCCUUCUUAUUGAAAUGUAAUAUAUUUUCUAUUGGAAUCUAGUUGCUCGGAUUCGGGUGACGGGUGCCCAAUACGGGUGCGGAACUAGAUGUUGGAUCCUCCAUGGUCUAAAUUUUAAGAUUCGGGAGUAUGGAUUGAGAUACGGAUACGGAUACGGAUACGGGUACUAGGAUUCGGCUAAAAGUAAUUCUAAUAUCUAAAAAUAGGGUUAUAUGCCUAAAUUAUGAGACAUUAUAUGAACAACUAAUAAGGUAUUCCGAAAAGAAAAUAUUGAUCAAGAGGAGAACCCUAAAAAGCAGAUAGAAGAAAAGGACUGACAUAGAAAUUUCUAUAUACAAGGGAAUCUCAUUCUUCUGGGCUGAUGAGAAAUACUUCAGUGCUUCCAAGAAGAUUUCCUAAGAUAGAUGUAAAUCCUAGGUAUGUGGUUGAAAGGGAUAAUGCUGCCCAGGUAAUCCAGCAUGACUUAUGGCCUCUAGCCAAAAUUGAUCCAACGAAACAAAAGUUCCCUUGUUGCCUUGUUUGGACUCCUCUCCCUGUGGUUUCUUGGCUUGCACCUUUUGUCGGACAUGUUGCCAUAUGCAGGGAGGAUGGUGCCAUUGUAGAUUUUUCUGGAGAUAGCAUGAUUCGUGUUGGUCAUCUCUUAUACGGAGAUGUAGCCCGAUACUAUCAGAUGGACAGACAACAGUGCUGUUUCGGUGGCUACUUUGGUGGACACACAUGCAAGCAGAGUUAUCAACAUGCUCAAUUUGGGAGAGCAAUAAGUUGGGAUGAUGCUGUUCAGUUGUCUGCGCGCAACUUUGUGCACAGAACCUUCAACAUUUUCAGUUGCAACGGCCACUCAUUCGCUGCUAAUUGCCUGAACCGGCUAUCAUAUGGAGGAUCAAUGCAUUGGAACAUGAUUAAUGUUGGAGCUCUCAUAAUGUUUAAGGGGCAGUGGGUCGAUGGCUGGUCAAUCUUAAGAUCAUUUGUGCCUCUCAUUGUGGUGGCAUGCUACGGAUAUUUAGUGAUUGGCUGGGCGUGUCCAGUUGUUCUGUUAUCCUUUUAUCUUCUUCUGUUUGGAUGGUAUGUCUUGGUAAGUUACUGUUUCAAGAAUCUGGAAUCUGGAUGAAGAUUAGGGACCUUGUGCUGUUAUCCUUUUAUCUUUUUAGGUUGUUGAGAAAGACAAUGUGCUGUUCCUUCCUUAAUGAACUGCCUUUCUUUGUCAAGAUUUUCCUUAAUAAAUUCUCUUCUGUUGAAGAGCUAGACAGCUAGUACUUGUUUUCUGUAAUGUAAAACAUGUGAUAACUUUUUUUA